AGCCGGCGGGGCCGCCCCGUCCCGUCCCCACGGCGGCCCCGGGCUCGCGGGGAGGCGCCCGCCGGGCCCGGCUGGUGGUGAAGCCGAGCAGGGCGCGCAGGAGGCUCCGGCUGCCGCUUGGGAGGUUGGGGACUUCAAACCCCGUCAGCGAUGGCAUGAAUGUCCUGUUUAUAGUUGUGGAUGAUCUACGUCCUGUUUUGGGCUGUUAUGGAGAUAAGCUUGUGAAAUCUCCAAACAUUGAUCAGCUUGCUUCUCAGAGUAUUGUGUUCAGCAAUGCGUAUGCACAGCAAGCCGUGUGUGCUCCCAGUAGAGUCUCGUUUCUUACUGGACGCAGACCUGAUACUACCCGUCUGUAUGAUUUCUACUCCUACUGGAGAGUGCAUGCAGGAAACUAUUCCACGAUGCCCCAGUAUUUCAAGGAGAAUGGCUACGUGACCCUAUCCGUGGGGAAAGUUUUUCAUCCUGGGGUUUCAUCCAAUUACAGCGAUGACUAUCCAUACAGUUGGUCCAUUCCACCCUUUCAUCCUUCAACUGAAAAGUAUGAAAAUGAUAAGACUUGUAGGGGAAGAGAUGGAAAACUUUAUGCUAACUUGGUGUGCCCAGUGGAUGUGACAGAAAUGCCCAGUGGUACUCUGCCUGAUAUUCAGAGCACUGAAGAGGCCAUACGCUUACUGAAUGUUAUGAAAACCAACAAGCAAAAGUUCUUCCUGGCUGUCGGUUACCACAAACCACAUAUCCCACUGAGGUACCCGCAGGAAUUUCUCAAGUUGUACCCCUUGGAAAACAUCACGUUAGCCCCAGAUCCCUGGGUGCCUGAGAAACUGCCUUCUGUGGCGUACAACCCCUGGACAGAUAUCAGACAGAGGGAUGAUGUGAAAGCAUUAAAUGUUAGUUUCCCUUAUGGACCACUUCCAGAUAACUUCCAGCGGCAGAUUCGUCAGAGCUAUUAUGCAGCAGUUUCUUACCUGGAUAUGCAGGUUGGCCUGCUCUUGAAUGCUUUGGAUGAUGCAGGACUCUCAAAUAGCACAAUAGUUGUUUUUACAGCUGAUCAUGGAUGGUCCCUGGGAGAACAUGGUGAAUGGGCAAAAUACAGCAAUUUUGAUGUUGCGACCCGUGUGCCGCUGAUGUUUUAUGUACCAGGAAUGACAACUUCCUCUCUUGGUCAAGGAGAGAGAAUGUUCCCCUACCUUGACCCUUUUAGUCAUGUUUUGGGCUUGGUACCUCAAGGGCAAAGCAAAAAAGUGGUUGAGCUUGUGUCUCUGUUUUCAACACUUGCUGAACUUGCUGGCCUGCAAGUUCCUCCUGCGUGCCCGGAGACUUCGUUUCAUGUUGCGCUGUGCAGUGAGGGGGCGAGCAUUGUCCGGUAUUUUAAUGCCUCUGAAGAGAAGGCAGAGGAAGAGAAGGUUGGGUGUGAUGACACUUACAGAUGUUUUAAUGAAGAAUCUGUUGCUUUCAGCCAAUAUCCCCGGCCCGCAGACACUCCUCAGUGGAACUCUGACAAGCCGAAGCUGAAAGACAUCAGAAUCAUGGGCUAUUCCAUGCGUACAGUUGACUACAGAUAUACUCUAUGGGUUCGGUUUUAUCCUAACAACUUCAGUGCUAACUUUGAGGAUGUCCAUGCAGGAGAGUUGUACAUGGUGGAGACUGAUCCAAACCAAGAUUAUAACAUUUAUAACAAUAUCUCACGUGGUGUUUUUUUCAAAAAAAUUCUUGGCUUUCUGAAGCGCUAGGGUUCAGAAACUUUUUGUGCGUGUUCUGGCAACUGAAGUAACACUUCCUUUUUUGUAUAAAACCUUUCUGUUGUACAGAAAACACUUGGAUUGAAUUAAAAUCCUGUUUGUAUCAAAACACUA